CUCUCUGAGCAGCGCCAGAUCCCCACCUUCCUAGCCAGCCGGCAGCCGAGCAGGUCCUUCCCCAGCCUUAGGCAGGGCGAUCGCCUCGCAGGGCAAAGGAACGCGCGUGGGGGACGCUGUGAGAGAAGCUGAGCCGAGCCGACGCGCCCUAGCCAUGAAGAGCGCGGGAGGGGGCGGAGACGCGCGUCUCUUGACCGCGAUCCUCUUCGCCCUGCACUUGCGGUUGGCUGCCGGCGCGUGCCCGUGUCAGGAUCCCGCGCUUUGCAAGCCGAUCUCGAGCCCCAGAGACUUCGAGGUCUUUGUAUUUGAUGUUGGCGGGAAGACGUGGAAAAAUUAUAACUGGUCACUGAUUACAACAGUGGCCACAUUUGGAAAAUAUGACCCUGAGCUUAUGUGUUAUGCUCAUUCAAAAGGAUCCAGAGUAGUUUUGAAAGGAGAUAUAUCUGUGAAGAAAAUUAUUGAUCCUGCAAUUAGAACAGCCUGGAUAAACCAGCAGGUAGACCUGGCCAAAACAAAGUACAUGGAUGGAAUCAAUAUUGACAUUGAGCAAGAGAUUAACCCAUUUUCGGCUGAAUAUUAUGCAUUAACAGCUUUGGUUAAAGAAACCACAGAUGCUUUUCACGCAGAAAUUCCAGGAUCCCAGGUAACUUUUGAUGUACCUUGGUCUCCUGAAUGUAUUGAUAGGCGUUGUUACAACUAUACUGGGAUUGCUGACUCCUGUGAUUUCCUUUUUGUGAUGUCCUAUGAUGAACAGAGUCAAGUAUGGUCACACUGCAUAGCAAGAGCCAAUGCUCCAUAUAACCAAACCUUAGCAGGGUAUGACAAUUACAUUUUCAUGGGCAUUAACCAAAAGAAGUUGGUGAUGGGAGUGCCAUGGUAUGGCUAUGAUUAUACUUGUCAAAAUUUAUCAAAGACUCAUGAGUGCAUCAUUGAAAAAAUCCCUUUCCGGGGAGCUCCAUGUAGCGAUGCAGCAGGACGUCAGGUUCCAUAUAAAGCAAUAAUGUCUCAAGUGAAUAGCUCUGUUUCUGGGAUUCUGUGGGAUGAGGAGCAGAAAGCGCCAUAUUUGGAAUAUAAGGAUUCACAGGGUGUUUUCCAUCAAGUAUGGUUUGAUGAUCCCAGGAGUAUUUCUCAGAAAGCCACCUAUGUGAAAAAAAACGGCCUGAGGGGCAUCGGAAUGUGGAAUGCAAAUUGCCUUGAAUAUUCUGGGAGUUCUGAAACGAAACAACAGACAGAAGCAAUGUGGGAUGCCUUGAUGCCAAAAUAGUGUGUGUGUGUGUGUGUGUGUGUGUGUGUGUGUGUGUGUGUACACUGCCAUUUUAAAUUUAAUGCUGUUUUAAUUGUGCAUCAAUUUGAGUUUUAAUUACACUAUAUUACACUUAAUCUAUUCUUGUCAAGAAAUAAAUGUUACGGUGCAUGCAGAAUGUAUUCAGACACACAUACCCUUCAUUUUUGUUAAUUUUGUUACGCCGCAGCCUGAUUCUACUGUUGUUGAAAUUCAUUUUUUUUCUCAUUCAUCUACACUCGGGACCCCAUAAUGACAGUGAAAACAGAAUUGUAUAAAUGUCUGUAAAUUUAUUAAAAAGAAAAAAAAAUGAAAUAUUACAUUGGCAUAAGUAUUCAGACCUUUCACUCAGUAUUUUGUUGAAGCACCUUUGGCAGCAAUACAGCCUCCAGUCUUUUGGGGUAUGAUGCAAUAAGCUUUACACACCCGGAUAAUGGGAUUUUCUGCCAUUCUUCUUUGCAAAUCUUCUCAAAUUCAGUCAGGUUGGAUGGCAACCAUCGGUGGACAACCAUUUACAGAUCUCCCCAGAGAGGUUCAAUAGGGUUCAAAUCAGGGCUCCAGCUGGGUCACUAAGGCAGUUACAGAAUUGUCCCUAAGCUACUCCUCGGUUGUAUUGCCUGCGUGCUUAAGAUCCUUCUGGAAAGAACCUUCUGCUCAGUCUGAGGUCGUGAGUGCUUUGGAACAGGUUUUCAUUGAGGAUAUCCCUAUACUUUGCCCCCUUCAGCUUUCCCUCAACCCUGAACAGUCCCUGCUGCUGAAAAACACCACACAUGAUGCUAUCACCGCCAUGCUUCACUGUUGGGAUGGGUGAUGAGCAGUGCCUGGUUUUCUCCAGCCAUAAUGUUUAGAAUUUAGGCCAAACAGUUCAAUCUUGGUUUCAUCAGACCAGAGAAUCUUGUUCUCACAGUCGGAGUCGUUCAGGUGCUUUCUUGCGGAUUCCAAGUGGGUUUUCAUGUUUUGCAUUGAGGAGUGGCUUCUGUCUAGUCACUCUGCCAUAAAGCCCCGAUUGGUGGGGGUGGCAGUGAUGGUUGUCCUUCUGGAACUCUAUCCCAUCUCCACACAGGAUCUCUGGAGUUCAGUCAAAGUGACCAUUGGGUUUUUUAUCACCUCUCUUACUACCCCCCCCCCCCCCAAAUUGCUCAGUUUGACAGGACAACCAGCUCUUGGAAUAGUCCUGGUUAUCCCAAAUGUCUUCCAUUUGAGAAUUAUGGAGGUCACUGUGCUCUUAGGAACUUUCAGUGCAGCAGAAAUUAUUGUAGCUUUCCCCAGAUCUGUGCCUUGCAAUAAUCCUGUCUCUGAUCUCUGCAGGCAGUUGCUUUGACCUCAUGCUCUGCUACAGUCUGCAUUGUAAGCUGUGAGGCCUUCUAUAGGGAGGUGUGUGCCUUUCCAAAUCAUGUCCAAUCAAUUUAAUUUUCCACAUGUGGACUCCAAGAUGAAGAAACGUGUCAGCAAUUGUCAAGAGGCACCGGAGCUAAAUUUCAAGUGUUGCUGCAAAGGGUCUGAAUACUUAUGCCAAAUUGAUACUUCAUUUUUUUUGUUUUUAAUAAAUGUACAGAUAUUUCUAAAGUUCCUUUUUCAAUGGCAUAUUGAGUAUAGAUUAAUGAGAAAAAAAAUGAUUUUCAACAAUUGUAGAAUCAGGCUGCAGCAUAACAAAAUUGACAAAAGUGAAGGGGGUCUGAAUAUUUUCUGAAUACAUUGUAAAUUUAACUUUCUUACACACAAUUGUAUGGUUUCUUUCCUCCAACUAGUGUAGCUAAUUAUAGCCAAUCUAUAUUCUGGUCAAUUAAUAUAACCCAAGGAUUAUCAAAGCCCUAGAAAUAAUUGAAUACCUUUGAAUAAUUGAUUUCUUUUUUUCUAAUAAAAGACAAGUGACAUUAUCUUUCAUCUCCAUCCUAAAGUUAUAGAGAACUGAAGCUAAUCUUUCCUAAUUUAAGCAGCUUUCUAAUCCAAACUAGCCAAGAUGCGAAGUGAG